AUGUCUGAGAACGCCAAGAUAGACUUCAGGAAACUGCUGCUCGCUGCGAACAUCAAGCAGGAGCCGGGGGUGGCUCCCGCGCGACAGAACCGCCUCCCCUCCUUCAAGGGGAUGCGCGACCUCAACCUCAACUCGGCCACGUCGGCGGACGCCAAGUCGCGCAAGGUGUUCACUCCGAACCUGAACGUGCAGCGCAACAAGAGCCGGGCGGAGGCCGUGGCCGGCGGGCCGCAGGCCCCGGGCAGGCAGCAGCAGGGCCGUGGGAGGGGCGAGGCCCGGGGGAGGGGGCGGGGGCGGGGCAGGGCGGUGCUCAUACAGUCCGCGGGGGGAGUGUUCUCGGAGGGAGUGUCGGCGGAGAGCGUCGCGGCGCGGCGGGAGAGGUCCGGCCACGGCAAGAGCGGCGGCGGCGGCGGUGCGGACUACAUGCCCAAGCCCAAGCUGAACCUGAACCACAAGGUGGACAAGCAGGAGGAGGAGCUGAAGCUGAACCAGCUGCUCAAGGACGACUUCCUGGACGACCCGGCCCUGGAGCCGGACUCCUCCGACGCUCCGGUCGCGCUCCCCAACCUGCGCCCGGCCCAGCUCAAGGAGGAGGUGCUGCCGGGUGGCGUGAAGGUCAAGAAGGAGGAGGCGGACGUGGACGAGAAGCUGGCGCACCUGCUGGGAGACCCCGGGGCCAGGCUGGUGCUGCUGCAGCUGCCCGACGUGCUGCCGGGGGCGGGGGACGGGGACCAGCCGUGCACGCUGCGCCAGCUGCCGGAGGGCCGUGCCGGCACGCUGCAGGUGCUGCGCUCGGGCAAGCUGCGCCUGCUGCUGGGCAGCACCGCGCUGAGCGUGCACCCCGGCACGGAGGUCAGCUACAGGCAGGUGGCCGUGUCGGUGGACCUGCGCGACGAGCUGCGCAGCGGGGACAUGAUCAGCCUGGGCCCCGUGGUGGACAGGCUGGUGUGCACGCCCGACUGGGAGAGCCUGCUGGCGCGCUGCAGCAUCUGACUCAUCUUGGCCUGUGUUUCCAGUGCGUUCAACAAGCAACUUCAUUUCAAUGUUAACCUGAAAUAUUUUUUUCUCCUGUGUUUUAUUUUGAUACGUGCCAGUUUCAAAGUCAAAAAUCAAAACAUGUUUGACAAAUUGCCAACAUAUUGCAAAAUUUCCUUGCGCUGCUUAGAAUUUGUAUAACAUUAUGUAAUUUUGUAAUCUUCAUUUGCAAAUGUAAAAUAUGAUUUAAGUGUUAUGAAUUCAUGUUAAAUGUGUCCAAUGGAAAUAUAUGCGUGACUUUGUUGCCCAAGGAUUUUUCCGUCUACUGGUGAUUCUUCCACAUCAUCUGCCCAUUAUGUUGGUAAUAUUUUACAUCUAAAAAUGUUUUGAUCUUUUAUUUUAACUUCUUGUCAACCAUUUACAAAAGUAAUUGAAAGUGGCCACUUUGAUAUUAUAACUGACUCACCACCAGCCAUAAUUGACAGACUAUGACAUGUAUGGUUGUGGUUACAGUUUAUAAAAUGUGUAUCUAGUCUGGCCUGGUUCUUGUCAGCACGGUCGAGUGUUCACAGUUUAUAUUAUUUGAAAUAUUACAUAGGAAAGGAUAAAUUUACAUGCAAGUUAAAAUAAUUUGUGACCACUUUAAUAACAGGAAUGCAUUUUGGUAAAUUUUAAUUUACUUAAAUGCUUUUAAUAGUUUGCACAAGGGCACUGACCACCCUUCGGGGUGCAUGAGACCAGGGCCGUAGCCAGGAUUUUGUGAUGGAGGGGGUCCAGCAAAUAUAUUUUUAAUGAUUAAAUGUUCUUGAUAAUUGAAUUUCAGUCUUAGGUAAUGUUUUAGAACUCCAACGUUUAAACAUAUAAAUUUAAGUAAUGAUUUUGCUUGAGAAAUAAAAACUGAAAAUUUUAUAAUUCAUUUUUUUUUAUAGCUCUGAUACUUUGUUUUAAGUUAACUGUUUGAUGAGUUCAUUAAAAAAAAGUCCUAGUAUUUGUAUGCUAUUUAACAUUUAUGUCAAGUUUGAGGCAUGUUGGGCCAAUAUUGAAAGAAAAUACAUGUUGUAGCCCACAAAUGAUUACAAUAUGUAGUCCUAAAAUAAUAUCCCUGUAACCUUAUGUAGAUAAGUAGAUCUAUAUUUUAAAUUUUGUUUCCACCUGUUCUCCCCCUUUCCCCCUUCUUUGUAAUAUUGCAAGGGAAGGGUCCCCCUGGCUACGUCUCUGACCAGAGUUGGGGCAUGCUCCUUGCGCGAGGGAGGUGAGUGGGUGUACAGCCACCCACUGCAAAAAGGGGUCUGGGGCACCCUGUGGGCUCACCCUGUCACAGCAACAUGUUAGUUUCUGACAAACACUUUGAGGAAAGUUUAUACCCAGCUGCCAGUUGUACUUGGUCUAGUAAUCAAAAAGUAAGGGCAGGUGAACUUAAAAACUGCACACAAGAUACAUAAAUCCUGGUUGAUAAAACAUCUGAUGCCCACUAAGAGUAUAAAAUAACAAUUGCCACUACUCUGAGGUGGCAAUUUGAAUAUCUACAAAUUGAUUUCCUUGUUAAAGCUAAGUAAAUGCAGUAAUCUAAACUGUGGCCUAUAGUAAGUUUUGGGCUAGUAUUCCAAUAGCCAAAAAUAAGGGUUUGAGUGUUGAAUAUGCUAUAACCUGCCCUAAACGUAUUCUUAGUGCAUAAUAGGACAUGGCCAGUCUCUUAUUUUUAGGGAAUGGAUUUCUGUGUCCAAUAUGUUGCCCAAAUUUUGUGCAUGUGCAGAGCUCAUUUUUCCCUAGAUUUAGUCCAGAACCAGAUGGCAUACCCAUUUCUGGCACCAUUAACUAGUAUAUAUUCAAUUUUGUGAAUAUCUGGGGAUGUACCAAGCUUGUGGGUGUGCCAAAUGAAACUUUAUGAUAGUGGAACUAUCCUGAAAUAUAUUUUGUACAUUUAAACGGUCAUAAGAAAUAAGUGCAACUUAUAAAAUACUUAAGAAAAUUAGACCACCACCAUUUAACUAGUAAAAAUUGUACCAACGGGUGUGAAGCAUCUGCUAGAAUGGGCAUGUUCUGAAAUAGGGUCUGCGUAGGUUAGGUGUAUCCCAACAAGGUAGUGCUUAUUUGCUACCUUACCUGAACAUCUUCGAAUACUGCCCUUAGUAUUGGAUUUUUUUGGAGUUUUCAUGUCUUAAAGAGAAUUUGGUAAGCUUGCUUAUUUCUUAAAAAGUUGUUGCAUUUUUUGUUUUUGUCAAAAACAUGACUUUUAUUUAGUAAAAUACUGUUUUCUGUAAAGCAAAAUUUUUUAUUUUGUACAUCUCCUUUGUGUAAAGUAAAAAAAGCUCUUAAUUGCGGUUAUCAAAACUUUCAUCUUUUUUUAAUUUUUUCUCAAAACUGGGCACCUUGUUGGUGAAAAUGUUUUCUGUUUAGUUUUCAUUUAUUAAUGAUGUAUCUGAAAAUAAUUUGACUGCCCAUCUAAACAUUGGCAAGAUAAAACAUUUUAAACUAUUUUACUCCGAAACUAAUACAGUAUGUGUGACAGUAUUUUUUUUAUAUUUCCCCUUCUUUGGGAACACUAUUAUCAAUUUUCUCAACUCUACUUCAAAGCCUCUGUCCGAGCGAACCUGAAGUCUUGUUUCAAAAUCAUAGUAAUGAUCUAAUCUGAGGUUAGGCAUUGGUAGAGUUGGCUGCAAAUGGGACCUCAUUAACCUGAAACAUUAGGAAUUUUUUUUUUUUUAAAUCUAUGGGGAAAAAAGUGAUAUAUAAUUUUAAUGUUAUGUCAAAUUUCAAUUGAAGUUGUUUUAAACACGAAAUUGAACAUACCAUUAUUUAGCUGGACUGAAUGAUAAAUAUUGGUAUUAUGAGUAAAUACAUAGUAAUGUUAACAUCCAAUAUGGUUAAGGGUUCUACUUAGUUAAAAAAGUGUUGUGUGUGUGGUAAUCAGAUGACAGGUCAAAAAUGUACAGCUGGGAUUAUGUCAAGCCAUAAACAAGUUCGAAUUUCAGUAUAGUGUAAAUAUUGUUAAACUUGCACUGCAGUAAAGAAAAAGAACUGAUAUUAAGUGGUAAAAAUUGGAAUUAUUUUUGUAGAGGAACAUAUAUGUUGGUGAAUAAGUGUUCUAAUUGGUGACCUGUCUAGCGCUAGUGAUGUGUAUUUUGUUUUAGUAUUAGCAUUAUUGAUUUGUCUUUGGUUUGACAAGUUUAAUUUAAGUUAGUCAGGAUAUAGUUUUAUUGUAUUCAAGGCAAAAUGCAAAUGAUCAUGUCUCGUGCAACAAGCAUAGUCAUCACUGGCAGUGAGGUGAGAGAAAGCAUCAAGACUUCAAACAUCACGAGUUGAAAAGUUUAUAGUGUGAACAAACCAACACCAGACAUUUAUCGUGCUACUGCGAACAUUGUGGUGGAUGUCUUGCAACUGUUGGCAUCAGUUUCAUGACCUGCAUGUGAAAAAAACCUAACUUUCAUUAAAGAUCAUGUUGAAAACA